AUGGUGACGCAAAGCAAGUGGCUCUCACGCGAAGGAUUCACUGCCGAUGUUCUCGGGAAAUUGAUUCAGAGCACGCUUCUGAGUCCUUGGAAGACGCUCCCUCUCCUGCUGCUGGCCCAGUACACCGCGAAGGGCAACCAAACUGCCCAGGAGCAUCCGCGGCUCUUCCAGGUCCUCAGGGUGCUCACCUCCCUCGCCGUCCUCCGUCGUGUCAACUCCUGGCUCAACACCCGAACCCUGAACAAUGGCGUCUCGGACCGGUUCUACUGGAACCGCGAGGUGGUCGUGCUGACGGGUGGCAGCAACGGGAUAGGCAGACAGAUCGCCCAGCUGCUCGGCGACCUCGGCGUCAAGGUCGCCAUCCUGGACAUCCACUCACCACAGGAGGACCAGAGCCGCCUCCCGCCCACCGUCCGCUUCCAUGAAUGCGACAUCACCUCACCCGCGGCCAUCGCGGCCGUUGCCGCCGACAUCCGCGCAACCCUAGGCGAGCCCACCGUCCUCAUCAACAACGCCGGCAUCUGCAGCGGCAAGACCAUCCUCGGCAGCACGGAGGCGCAGACCCGCCUCCACUUCGAGGUCAACGCCCUCGCGCACUACUGGCUUGCGCGCGAGUUCCUGCCGCACAUGGUCAAACGCGACCACGGCAUGGUCGUCACCGUUGCCUCGCAGGCGGCAUACAUCACCACCCCCAACAUGGUCGAUUACUCCGCCACCAAGGCCGCGGCGGUUUCGUUCCACGAGGGGCUGGCGGCGGAGCUGGUGACGAGGUACCAUGCCCCGCGGGUGCGGACCGUGUUGCUCACGCAGGGAUUCACGCAGACGGCGCUCAUUGGGCGAUUAACCCCGGAGGAUACGUGGUUCAAUCCGCUGCUGAAGCCCGGGACGGUCGCGGAGGAGUUGGUGAGACAGAUCCUCACGGGGAAUAGUGGGCAUGUUGUCGUGCCGGGUUCUGCGGGCUGGAUUGCCCGGAAUCUGAGGAGCUUUCCGCCUUGGUUUCAGCAUUCGCUGAGGUUGCGGUUGGAGAGGUUGAUGCGUGCUGAUUAG